CGUCGUCAUUUUCCGGAGGACACGGGAUUAUUCAAGAGCGCGCUGACGUAGUUGCAAAAUCUAGAACCAGGCUGCUGAGGCGGCUGCUGCUGCUGCUGCUGCUGCAUGUAGCAAUUAGAUUACCAGCAGCUCUCUCUUCCCUCCCUUUUUUGAAAACGACGAAAUUCCAAAUCUCAGUAAGCGUUAAAGAGGAAAGGAGAGACGACACAGUCACGUUUCUUUCAGAUCCGACCACGGCCGCCCACCGCCAUGCGAUUCUCUGUCCAAUUCUUCUCUCUCUUCGCCUCCAUUUUCAUCCUUCUCUCUUCCGCGCUAGCUUCCGAGUCAGAUCAUAAGUACCAACCAGAUGAGUCAGUUACGCUUUGGUAAAUAAGGUUGGCCCUUACAAUAAUCCACAAGAAACAUAUAACUACUGCAGCCUCCCCUUUUGCCAUCCAUCAGGGAAUCCUGCUCAUAAAUGGGGUGGUCUUGGUGAAGUCCUUGGUGGAAAUGAACUUAUUGAUAGCCAGAUCGGCAUAAAAUUCCGAAGUAUUUCACUUGAUUAUAUUCUUAAAUAUAUUAUAUAUCAUGGUUCAUUAAUAACUGUGGUUUCAUGAGUUUGCCCUUCCCUUUUCUUUCCCCAGAGAAUGUGGAUAAAAGUGUCAUUUGUCAGCUGGAACUAGAUGAUGCCAAGGUUAAGCAGUUCAAAGAUGCAAUAGAGAACAGCUCUUGGUUUGAAAUCUUUGUAGUUAUGUCUAGAUUCCUCUGCAUCUUGUGUGCUGCAGAAUUUAAAUGAUUGUUGUUUUAGGUUGGCUAUAUGGCUAGCUUUCUCAAAGCCCUUAUUCUUUAUCUUUCCUUGUUUUUUGCUUAUGUCAUGUUUCCUGGCCACUGCCAUGCUGAAAGCUCAGAUGAUCUGCCUGGGGCUUUGUUGGUGAGCUGCAUCCUGAUAAGAACAGUGAUAAUGGCAAGCAUGUCCUCUACACACAUAAGAAAACUUUUUUAAUUUUUUUUCGUCUGCUUUGUAGGCCGUCAUUUCUUAUCUCCAGUUGAUUCAGUUAAGUUCUCAACGAGAAUUUUGUGGGGGAUAUGGAUCAAAUCAAAUGCUGAGAAGCAGAUUGGAGCAAAAUGGAGCAAAAAAUUGCUAGAAAAGACGCAUGGAUUCUCUGUUAAUCUCGAAUGGGUUCUCACGAUUGAGAACCUAGAAGGCCUGAAAACCCACAUUGAAGGGAUCGAAAAGAGGUUAUUAAGAAGGGUGGUGGAGGAGAAGAGGAAGAGGCUGAUCGGUGGUGGAAGAGGAGCCUGAUCGGUGCCUUUAUGCAUCUGAGUCAACAAUGAGAGAUGGGGAAGAAAGUAGCGGAUGAAGAAGAAGUUAGGGUAUAUUAGUCUUUUUAUUUUUUAAAAUUUAUCUUUUUACUAAUUUAAGGAGAUCUCUUAUGUUGCAGGAAUCUUUAUUUUUUUCUAAAUCAGCGAAAUACGACUGAUCAUAUGGCCUUGAUAGCCUUCAAGUCCAAGAUUUCAAAUGCCCCUCAAGGGAUUUUGAAAUCUUGGAAUGAUUCUGUCCACUUCUGCCGGUGGGAAGGCAUCGCUUGUAGUCGUAGAAGGGACAGAGUCACUGUCUUGGAUCUAUCAUCCAGGGACUUGGUGGGUUCUUUGUCUCCUUUCAUAGGGAACUUGAGCUUCCUUCAAGAGAUUGGACUCUCAAACAAUAGAUUCUAUGGUGAUAUCCCACUCGAAAUUGGUCGUCUACUCAGGUUAAAGACAAUCGAUCUCUCUCUUAAUUCUUUUGGAGGAAAGCUCCCAUCUAACCUGUCUCAUUGCUCCAACCUCAAUGUCCUCAAAGUUCAUAAAAACAAGUUAGAAGGGAAGAUUCUAAUGGAGAUUGCUUCCAUGUCCAAGCUCACAAAUCUUUCCAUCUUCGAAAAUCAUUUUACUGGAGGAAUCCCACCCUUCAUUGGGAAUCUUACCAAUUUGGUACACUUCUAUGCAAGUAAUAACAGCCUUGGAGGCAUCAUUCCUGAUGCACUAGGCCAAUUAAGAAGCUUGAGGUUUCUUGUACUCCAAGCAAAUAAUCUUUUUGGUAAGAUCCCCUCAUCAAUCUAUAACCUUUCCAUGCUUUCUGUUUUCGGCAUAGACAAAAAUGAACUUGAAGGAAAUCUUCCGUGGGAUAUAGGACUCACCCUUCCUUCUCUAAGAAUGUUCUCUGUAGCGGAAAACAAUUUUAGUGGGCAAAUUCCAGUAACAUUGUCCAAUGCUUCAAAACUUGAACUUGUACAAAUGCCCAUAAAUAAAUUCUCUGGAAAAGUAACAAUUUCUUUUGGGCACCUACAAAAUCUACAAUGGCUAGUUUUGACUGAUAAUCAUCUAGGAAGCGAAGACGCUGAUGAAAUGAGUUUUUUAACUUCUUUGGUCAACUGUAGCAAAUUGCGAAGUUUAGAGCUUCAUAGGAAUCAACUUCAAGGAAGAUUGCCAAAAUCCAUAGCCAAUCUCUCAAGUCAACUAAAAUGCCUUCGCUCUGGAUGGAAUAACCUAUUCGGAGACAUCCCUCCAGGGUUAGGGAAUCUUGUCAAUUUAAAUGCAUUGAUAUUGCAUGAUAAUCAGUUUACUGGGAAAGUUCCAAAGGAUAUAGGUCAGCUUAAACAACUUCAGGUUUUAGUUCUUGGCAGAAAUAAGUUUUCAGGAGAAAUUCCAGAUUCUUUUGGAAACUUAACACUAUUGAAUAGGCUUGGUCUAGAAAUGAACAACUUAAAUGGAAGCAUACCUUCAAGCCUUGGGAACUGCCAAAAUUUGGAGCAAUUAGAACUUUUUCAAAACGAUCUUAGCGGCUCCAUACCCAAAGAAAUUUUCGGCAUUUCUUCUUUGAGUAUUGACCUAGAUCUUUCUCAUAAUCAUCUGGUUGGAUCUCUACCUUUAGAAGUUGGUCAAUUGAGAAACUUAAAUGCACUAGGUGUAUCUCACAACAUGUUGUUAGGAGAAAUUCCAAAUAGCUUGAUUGGCUGCACUAGUCUAGAGCUCCUUUACCUUGACGGAAACCACUUUCGAGGUAGCAUUCCUGAAUCUUUAAGCUCUCUAAGAGGAAUCCGGUUUCUUGACCUUUCUGUCAACAACUUAACAGGUAAGAUCCCUCAAUACAUGACAAAUCUCGCAUUGGAGUAUCUGAAUUUAUCUUUCAAUAACCUAGAAGGAGACAUUCCAACAAAAGGCAUCUUCAGAAAUGCAAGUGUAGUUUUUGUUGAAGGCAAUAAGAACCUUUGUGGGGGAAUGUCCGAACUUAGUUUGCCUAAAUGCAGCAUCAAAGUAACAAAGAAAAGUGAACUAUCGCAUUUGCAUAUAAUAAUUAUAGUUGUCUCACUUGUGGGAGUAAUUAUUGUAUCUAUCAUGUUGCUCUAUUGGACUAAAAGAAAAAACAAAGAUCAAUCUCCUAGAUUUUCCUUGAAAGAUCCUUUAAGGCAACUUUCUUACCAAACCCUCUUUAAAGCCACGGAUGGGUUUUCUUCAACAAAUUUACUUGGUAAGGGGGGCUUUGGUUCUGUCUACAAGGGAGUUCUCGAAGAAGAUGGAGCUAAUGUUGCAGUCAAAGUACUUGAUCUUUUGUAUCGAGGAGCUUGCAAGAGUUUCAUGGCAGAGUGUGAAGCCUUGAAGAACAUUCGUCAUCGAAACCUUGUAAAGAUCAUAACUUCUUGCUCAAGCAUCGAUUUUCAAGGAAAUGAUUUCAAGGCUCUUGUUUAUGAGUUAAUGCCCAAUGGAAGCCUAGACAACUGGUUGCAUCCAUCUCCUCAGGAAACAAACAAUGGCCAAAGCAGAGUCCAGAGUCUAAAUCUAUUACAGAGGAUAAGCAUUGCUAUUGAUGUCACCUCUGCUCUUGACUAUCUCCAUUACUAUUGUGGGAAGCCAAUUGCUCAUUGUGAUCUAAAGCCGAGUAAUGUUCUUCUAGACAAUGACAUGAUUGCCCAUGUUGGAGAUUUUGGGCUUGCAAAGUUUAUUUCAUCAGAAUCCAAAACGUCAAACCAAAGUAGCUCAGUUGGAGUGAGAGGAACAAUUGGGUACGUCGCUCCAGAGUAUGGCAUGGGAAGUGAGGUAUCAAUAAAUGGCGAUAUAUAUAGUUAUGGGAUCCUAGUGCUGGAGAUGAUGACCGGAAAGAAGCCCACUGACAAUCUCUUUGAAGGAGGAUUUAAUCUUCAUCAUUAUGCUAGAAUGACCUCACCUGAUCAGAUUGUGGAGAUUGUGGACCCACAGCUCGUACAAGAGGCUGAAGCAACCAUUGUUAAUCGACAGAGAUCACGAUUUAACAUCAUAAUGGAUUGCCUCGUCUCAAUGAUUAGGAUCGGUGUGGCAUGUUCCAUGGAGUCGCCUCAAGACCGUAUGCCCACGGGUACAGUUCUCAAGGAGCUGCAUCUUAUCAAGAACAAUCUUCAACGUCACCGGGCUAACAACUAGUAUAGCUUCAAGCUACAGAUCUAAAUCCUAAUGCAUACUCAGGUAUGAAUAAGUAGAAAGUGUGUUGCUGUGUAGUCAUGAGGUGUGAAGCUUUCUUAGUGCGUCUAAUGUUAAGCUUUUGGGGCUAUUUUCUGCACUUCUAAUUUUACACUUUUGGGGCUGUUUUCUGCACUCUUGUUCCAUUUCCUUGAUUUGUACUGUUGAGGUUUUCUUGUGCAAUAUAUUGCUAUCUUGACU